CUUUUUAGUGACGUAAUGUUUUUGUUUUACUGGUGACAGUGUACAUUCAAUAAAGAUAACGAUCGCACUUAAAAAAUAAAAAUAAUAAUUGAGAACACACUGUGCCUUUAAUAAAGCAUUAUUCAGGCUAGACUAAAAGGAUUGCCCCCAAAAUGUCCCGUCAUUGCCAAGCUAUAAUGACAUUUCAAUCCAUAUGUCUUAUUUAUUCGAUUACCUUGGGGACAACACCCCCUGCUGCAGUUUUAACAGCUAAAAGGACAUUUCUCAAUCCCGUAUAAGGCUCAGACUGUGAUGGAGCGUGGAGGCAGGAGUGUGUAUUUAUUCCAGAGAGGCCAGACACGCCAGCACGUCUAGGGAAAGCCUCAAGCUGCUAGGAGCUCACCACACUUCAGGAUAAAACAGACCUGGAAACUUAAUAUUCUAUAAUCCGCCAUGGGGAAGUCAGCAUCGAAACAAUUUGCGGAAGAAGUUUUGAGAGCCCACAAUGAAUGCAGGAAAAAACACAGAGUUCCGGGCCUGAAGCUCAGCAGUAAACUCAACAGAGAGGCACAACAGUAUGCAGAGGCCUUGGCCAGCACCAGGGUUCUGAAACACAGUGCGGAAUCCAGCAGGGGGCAAUGUGGAGAGAACCUUGCCUGGGCUUCCUACGAUGAGCCAGGGAAAGAAGUAGCUGAGAGAUGGUACAAUGAAAUAAAAAAUUACAAUUUUAACUGCCCCGGAUUUUCCUCUGGUACAGGACACUUUACAGCCAUGGUGUGGAAAAGCACCAAGAAGAUGGGCGUGGGGAAGGCAAAGGCCACUGACGGAUCCACGUUUGUGGUGGCAAGGUACUUCCCAGCCGGGAACAUUGUCAACCAGGGACAGUUUGAUGAGAACGUGCUGCCACCAAAGAAAUAACCAACAUGAGAAAUGGAGAUUUUAAUGGAGGUGUCUUCAGGUUUUAACCCCUUGUUUUGUGAAACCAGAAUGACGCUUUUAAUCACCUCUGUGCAUUUUAAAGUAAUUGGUGUACAUGUAUGCUCCCAGGGGAACUGACAAAUUACUGAGAUAUGUUAUUAAUACUGCUAUGCAAAAGAAACACAAGGGUGAAUUCCUGUCCUAAAGGACUUCAUAAUGAAAGCAGGCGCUGAAUCUUGUGGUUGUUCCCUGUUCACAAAGCCAAGGCUGAAGGUAUUUUGAAAAAUGAAACUCCAAGCCCUUUCCAGGAGAGCUGGGGAAAGAUUGAAUCAACGCUAAAGCAUAUUUAACAAGAUUUUAAAUAGUGUUUUGUUAAUAUGGCCCACUGUGAGAAAUGUUUUGAAGAUUUUUAUUCAUAAGUAAUUCGUAAGUGUUCCUUGUUGAACCAAAAUGAAGGGUUUGAUUUUGUUUUGUUUUAAACUUUGUUUUUACAUUUGUGACAGAAGUCUUUGAUACAGUGUCCUUUCCCAUUUUAAGAGAAACCAAAUGGAAUUGUACAGGAAGGGAUUUUUUAAAAUCCGGAAUCCUAUUAAGAGACUUGUAAUGCUAUUUUAUGUUUUAGAUUUUUGUGAUGCUAUCGCUUUGGGCUCUGAAAAUCCAGCAGUGUUAAUUGUUUGUAAACCUGAGUGAAAAAGCAAGCCAAUAGGUUGCAAAAUGACACAAAAGGCUUUUUUUGUGGUAUAUGCCGUUUAAGAUAAAUUAGGCUACAGUCACAAAGCUAUUUACUCCAAGUCAUCAUGAGCACAAAUGUUUCUGAAAGGAAAAAAAAAGCAAUUACAAUUCUAAAGUACAUGUGUUUUUGUGGUUUUGCUUGUUUUUUCUUUUUUUAAAUCAACCAUAGCCUGUUAACAGAACCAUCAUUUAAAUGUCUGCAUAGUUUUUAGUUAUGUUUUGGUAACUUUGUUAGACUCCUUGUUUCCUUUCUAAACAAAUAAAUACAUACAAAUGAU